AGGAGAGAAGAAAGGUUUUGCCUCAGCUCUAGAUUUUGUGAUCCCACUUGAGUGUUUCUACACUCCAGAAGCUGCAACCUCCUACUCCAGGCAACAGUUUCAGUUUGACCAAAGGGUGUUUUCCCUGCCUGGACUGGGGCUAGAUUUUCCCAGCCUGCACACUCAGUGUUUUCACAACAUGUCCUGAGCUGACCUCAGUCAUUUGGAGAGCUCAGUGGAUCAAAGCCUGUGCCUGCAGUAGCUGCAGGGAAAGAGUAGCCAAGCAACACUCAACUGGAUUUGGAAAUAAAAACACAGAGCACUUAAAAACUGGUGUGACACCAGGCACGGGGUAAUUUUGAGGCAGACUGUCCUCUUGGAUAGAUGAGACAAGGAGCUGUUGGGUGACACUGCAGAGCUCUAACAUCUGCAUGGUCACUUCUACCCAGAAAUCAUGGUGAAAAAUGCAGCCCCCCUACACCCCCAGUCACUCUGAGCCAGUCUCUGAGAUGUUUGUUACCUUGUGUUAUACAGAGCUUAUUUUCUAAUGUGUGCAAGGCAUUUUAGAACAUAUAUUUAUCUUCUUCUCCUGCAGAGUUGUUCUUUACAAGAAUUGCAAUUAGGAUUUUAUGUGACUGUUUAGAGGGAAAAUGGGUUUUGGCUUAAGCUGUAGCACUGUAUGAGGAGAUAACCUCACAAAUUACUCGACCUGAAAAGCAGCCCUGCCCUGCUCUUGAUGCACAGCACUGACUCACAUCACUAAAAACCUGAAACCACUCCAGCUGUUACAUUUUUAACUUGGCCUGUACUAAAUUGUGUAACAGCUGGGAAAUCAAAGCAAGAAGCCAUUCCACUGCUGCACAGCAAAGCUUCCAGCUGAGCUGGGGAAGUGCUGUCAGGCAGUUUGGAAAUUCGUGGAUUUAAGUGUAACUUUUUGGCUUAACCUGGCUAUUACAGACAAGGCAAAGGGCAGGGCUCACUGUAUCCAGGAGGGUGCUGCUGACAUAUCCCAACUGCUCAGACACUUCUUGUCUAGAUUAAGAAGUAAUUUCUUGACCCAAAGAGUUUAUAACCCAGCUGAUGAGAGGGGCAGAGGUUGGGAAGGAGAGCUUUUGGGGUGAAUGAAUUUGUAGCACGAAGAUCAAGACCCUUCCCACAUCCCACCCUUUGACUCACAGAGACUCUCCCUUCAAGGAGGAGAAACUGCUUGCUUUGCACUUCAAGGGCCUUACACAACCCUCUGCUGGCAGCCUUAAAACCCCCACAGCUUAUCAUGAAUGAUGAAAGAGCUCAAUAUUCUGUUUCUAGAUCAGUGCUGUACCCCCGUGGGAGUGAAGAACCGGAGAUCAACAAGCAUGGUGCUGCAGGAGGAAGGAAACUUUGACUAAAGCUGAGCUGGAAACCCCCUGUGCUCUUUGGCCAUGGCCGACUGGGCCCCCAUAGCGAAGGAGUACGACCCUCUCAAGGCUGGCAGCAUCGAUGGCACGGACGAGGAGCCCCACGACCGCGCCAUAUGGCGGGCGAUGCUGGCACGGUACGUCCCCAACAAGGGCGUCACGGGAGAUCCUCACCUCACCCUCUUCGUGGCGAGGCUCAAUCUCCAGACCACAGAAGAGAAGUUAAAGGAGGUGUUUUCCCGCUACGGAGACAUCAGAAAGAUCCGUCUGGUUCGAGACCUGGUCACGGGAUUUUCCAAGGGUUACGCGUUCGUUGAGUACAAGGAGGAGCGCGCGCUCCUGAAGGCACACAGAGAUGCCAACAGGCUGGUCAUCGACCAGCAUGAGAUCUUUGUGGACUUUGAGCUGGAGAGAACUCUCAAAGGAUGGAUUCCCCGCAGGCUUGGGGGUGGCUUUGGAGGCAAAAAGGAGUCCGGGCAGCUGCGGUUCGGAGGACGGGACAGACCUUUCCGAAAGCCCAUCAAUUUGCCAAACAUGAAAAAUGAUUUAUACGGAGAAGGAUCAUCAGAGAAAAGAAACUGGUCUCGUGAGGGAACGAGGGACUGGAGAACCAGGGACCGGGACCACGAGAGGAGCAGGGACAAACGCUGGCCAGAAAGGGACAGGUCCUGGGCUUGGGGUGACAGUGACAGAGAGAGGGACUCCAAAGAGGAGAGGAGCAGGGGGAGGGAGAGGAAGGACAGAGACAGGAAGGACAGGGAUCAAGACCGGAGCAGGGACAGAGAUACCAAGAAGCAAAGAGACGAAGAUAAACACCGCUAGGUGACCGUGCCUUGUCCCUGGGGUGUGACAGCAAUCCCAGAACAAGCUGUGGUGUUGCCACCUUGUGCCUGUGGCUCUGCUGCCAGCAGCUCUCUGUAGUUCGGUUCCUAAUGCAGUUCAGAUCUGUGUUGAAUUGUUCUUUAGAGAAAAUAAAUUUUUGUAUUAAUGUUUUUGAA